ACAAUCAACAAUGAUAUCAGACCAAAAAAAAAAAAUCAACAAUGAUAGCUUUGUGCAGCACUUCAGUAACAAUAAUUUAGGUCUAUCUACAUUUAUAGUCGAUCUACUUAAAGAGUCCACUGAUUGUGAUCGCUUAUUAUGGCAUCUUCUCCAUCAUCACACAAGAGAACAGAGAGUGUAAUUUCUUCAUCAUCAUUUUCAUCACCUCCUCCAAAUAUGUACUUCGCUUCUCAGCAUCACAUUCCAAAUAACCACUCCGGCUUUCAAACAGCUCCUUCUUCGCCGGCGCCGGCGCCUCCAUCCACAAGUACUACUUUUUCGGCUGAUGUUUUACUCCAAAGUGGGCCUUUAACUCAAGUUUCUUCUCCUCUUUCCUCCCACACUACCAAACCCUUUACUCCUCUUCCUGCUGUACUUGAUGAAAGAGAUGCUCUGCCCAGUCACCAUUUGCUCAAAAUUAAGUCAUUUUCCAAACUUUCCAAAUUGCCCAUAGAGAAAUUCAGUAAUGAUUUUGAAGCUGGGGGCUACAAAUGGAACUUUUCUAUAUACCCAACUGGGGACAAAAGCAAAGAUGGAGAAGACCAUAUAUCUGUGUACUUGGAAAUAGCCGAAACAAGUACUCUCCCUACUGGUUGGGAAGUUAAUGCUAUCUUUAAUUUCUUUGUAUUCGAUCAAAUUCGUGACAAAUAUGUUGGUCCACAAGAUGCUAUAGUAAGGCGAUUCCAUUGUAUGAAGAAACAAUGGGGCAUUGUCAAAUUCAUUGAUCUCGAAACAUUUAACAAUCCUUACAAUGGUUACCUUGUCAAUGACACAUGUAGUUUCGGCGUUGAAGUUUUCACAGUCAAAACUAAUUCGAAAGCAGAGUGUUUAUCAUUGAUAAAUAGUCCGGUAACUCGGAAGAUUAGUUUGAGUUUUUCUAAUGUUUCAAAACCAACAAGCAGAAUUCAAAGUGGGUUAUUUCCUGCAGGAGACUAUAAAUGGAGAGUGUUGUUCUAUGCAAAUGGAUGCCAAUUAGAAGGCAAUAAAACCAACAAUAUUGUUUCGCUAUUCCUUGUUGUGGAUGCUUCAACGCUUGCUGCUGACACCAAAAUACUUGUGCAUUACACCUUUCGAGUGCAUGACAAAAGAAAUGGAAACCAUUUUGAACGAAGUGAUAUGGGACUGUUCGAUUCUUCUCCACGGGGAUUCCGUGAGUUCAUGACACAAACUAAAUUCAAAGAUAUAGAAAAUGGCUAUGUGGUGGGUGACACUUGCCAUAUAGAUGUAGAACUUAAAGUGCUUGGUUUAGUUAAAGUUGAAUAAUCAACAAUGGUCAAUGUUGCAUGAUCGUAAUUUGUUUUAGUAUUUAAAUUCUCAAACUUUUAAUUCAGUGUCACAUUCCGAAAUCAUUAUGGUCAAUGUUUAUGUUAUUUUUAGCAA